GCCACACUCACCAACCUUACCCGCGCGCGUCCCUGGCCGCACGGCUGCCUUAAUUGUCAAGUUUCGACGCUUAGUUCUCACUCUGACCAGUGCCGCUGCACAUCUGCUUGCGUACGCCAACCCAGUCGAGCUCUGUGUGCUGUCCAAGGAGGCUGCUCCCGGGAGUGCAUCUCAUGCAAUCUGCGUGAAAGCGAACGCAGCGAUGGCCACGAAUGGCUUCUGGGCGCCGGACACGCCGCUCGAGCCGCUGACGGCCUGGGACGCCGACCGGCUGCGCUGGUGGCACGGCGAGCCCGAGUCCUACGCCGUCGACGGGGGCCGCCUCACCGUCGUCGCGCGGCCGGGCCGCGACUGGUGGCGCCGGACCUUCUACGACCCGGCCUUGGACAAGAAGGACGGCCCUGCGUACCUCUGCCGCGUGCCGUCCCGCCACGCCUACGCAAUGACAGCGGCCUUCACGCUCGAGCCCCGCGCGGACGGCGACCAAAGCGGCUGCAUGAUUUGGUUGGAUGAGGACGUCUGGCUCAAGGCCGGCCUCGAAAUGGUCGAUGGCGCGCCGCACCUGGCGGUCACCUCAACCACACGCUUCUCGGACCGGUCUUUAACGCCGUGGGCCGGGCUCUCGGCGCGCGUGCGCCUGCACAAGGUGAAAGCGCCUUCCGGUAAUUGCGUCGUCGUCGAGGCCGCGCCCCACGCGCCGGGCGCGGCCCUGGACGCGGACGGCGAUUGGAGGGUUGUUAGAAUAGCGCCCCUCGCGCACGACCUCGACAGGUGGGAGCGGACGGCGCCGCACUGGCACUCGGGCGUCUUUUGCUUCGCGCCCGUUGGUGGGGAGGGGACCAGCACACCCACCGAGGACGACGAGGAGGAAACCAAGGAGCCGCCCCUGUGCCGCGCGGUGUUUGAUGGUGUGGAGAUCAGGGAAGGCGCGCCGCUACCUGUGUCGCAAGCAGCGGAAAAUAUACCGCGGGAGCCGCCGCCCGUCGACGACGAUCCCGACGACCCCGACGACGUAAAAAAAUGCGACCCCGACGACCCCGAGGGGAAGUAUCCGUCCGACUGGCCCUACCACCAGGAAGAAGAGCACAGAUUCCUCUGACGACGCAAAUUCCAGAGAAUCUAAUAAUCACAGUCAUAUUG